AUGACGGAAACACCGCAGGAUCCUUCCGGCGACCGUGGAAGAGGCGACGUCGGUUAUGACGUCACUCAACGCAAAAUGGAAAGAACAGAAUCUGAAUCAGGAAAAGGGCGGAGGGUGGUGGUGAUCGGCGGCGGAAUCGCCGGAUCAUUGGCCUCGAAACUUCUUCAGUUCGAUUCCGAUGUCACCCUAAUCGACCCGAAGGAGUACUUUGAGAUAACCUGGGCAAGUUUGAGGUCCAUGGUGGAACCGUCUUUCGCUGAAAGAACGAUAAUCAACCACAAGAAGUACAUACAGAACGGCCGUGUUGUGACUUCUCCGGCGGUCAAUAUCACGAACACUGAUGUAGUGACUGCAGAUGGGGUUGUGUUUGGAUAUGAUUAUCUUGUGAUUGCUACGGGUCACAACGAUGUGCUUCCGAAGACCAGGCAAGAGAAGCUAUCGCAAUACCAAGCGGAAUAUGAGAAGAUCAAGUCGUCUGAGUCGGUUCUGAUUGUUGGUGGAGGCCCGUCGGGUGUAGAGCUUGCUGCGGAGAUUGCAGUCGAUUUCCCGGAGAAGAAGGUUACCCUAGUACACAAUGGACCGAGGUUGUUGGAGUUUGUUGGUCAAAAAGCUGCAGACAAGGCUUUCGACUGGCUUAAAUCAAAGGAAGUUGAAGUCAUAUUGAACCAAAGGGUGGAUCUGAACUCAGCGUCGGACGGAAACAAGACAUACCAAACUUCAGGAGGAGAAACGGUACACGCGGAUUGCUAUUUCCUCUGCACCGGAAAGCCUUUGUCUUCAGAAUGGCUAAAAGGAACUUCUCUGAAAGAUAACUUGGAUGGUAAAGGAAGGCUUAUGGUUGAUGAGUACUUGAGAGUUAAGGAUCGCAAGAAUGUAUUCGCAAUUGGAGAUAUAACUGAUAUCCCUGAGAUGAAACAAGGCUACAUUGCUGAGAAACAUGCCUCUGUGGCUACUAAGAACAUAAAGCACUUGAUGUCUGGUGGCAACGAGAAGAAGAUGUCGACCUACAAGCCUGGUUCGGAUAUUGCCAUAAUAUCUUUAGGAAGAAAGGACUCGGUGGCUCAGUUCCCGUUCUUCACAGUUUCUGGUUGUGUACCUGGAUUGAUCAAAUCUAGGGAUCUAUUUGUGGGGAAGACGAGGAAGGCAAGAGGGCUUGAUCCUAAUCUUGUCCGCACUUCAUUUUCUUAA